AUGGCAAGUCGUCGACGUUUAGUAUUAACACCACCAUCCAAACCAGUAUCAUCUCGUGUCAAUCGCUAUGUUUCAAAUAUGGUUAAUAGUAUUUGUCGUUCCUUAAUGACUAAAACAGCUUUGGAGAGUCCAUUUUAUGCUAAACAAACGUCUUGUACGUAUUGGGAGCAAUGCUUUGAAAAUUUACAAUAUUUAGGACAAGGAUCGUUUGCCCAGGUUUAUAAAGUACGAAAUAAAGAAGAUGGCCAGUUAUAUGCAAUUAAACGCUCAAAAGAAAAAUUUCGAGGUGUUUCUGAUCGAGCUCGAAAAUUGCAAGAAGUUACAUUUCAUGAGACAUUAGGAUCACAUUCAAAUAUCUUAAGAAUAAUUCGUGCAUGGGAAGAACGCGAUCGAUUGUAUAUUCAAACAGAAUUAUGUAUCACAAAUUUGUUAGAUUAUUCAGAAGAAACUCAAAUAACACAACGAAUGGUGUGGCAUUUUUUAUAUCAAAUAAGUCAGACGUCGUUAGCGCAAGACGGAGAUGCACGAUAUUUGGCACGUGAAGUAUUAUCAGGAAAAAUAACGACUGCUGCUGACAUGUUCAGUUUAGGUAUGACAGCAUUAGAAUUAGUGUCUGAUUUUAAUAUGCCAGCAACGGGUGAUUUAUGGACAGAUAUUCGUGAUAUGAAUAUACCACCUGAGAUAACAAAUAAUUUAAGUGAUAUUGGUUUGAAAAAAUUAUUGUUUUUAUUGAUUAAUCCCGACCAUACUAAGAGACCAUCUUCAAAGGAAGUAUUAGACAAUUCAACUAUACAGCAAAUUCGAACAGAAACUUCACCAUUUGCAGUUAUGGAAAAGCCAAUGUCUCCUGAUCCAUCACCGAGCACAGAUUGUCGAACACCAACAAAGAAACCAAAACGUCCACCCUAUGCCGUUUACAAUGAUGAUUCAGAAGAUGAUAUACGCCAUUCCAGUUGUUCUCGUGAUCUACACCUAAGUCCACCACCAUCACUCACCAUACAAGGAAUCGUGGAUCCUAUUCGCAUUCGUCUAUUUUCAACAAAAGAUGAUGAUAUUGAAAAAAUGGAUAACAAUAUUGAUCAGGAUUGUGAUAAUGAUCACAUUUUUUUUCGACGAUCACCGAUAGUGAAAGGAGCUAUUGGAAUUGAAACGACAGCAGACGAACGGUAUUGUAUACCGUUAGGAUUAGUGGAAGGAAGAGCUUUACUUCGGAUAUGGCCCUUAACACGAUUCGGAUUAAUUAAAAAUUGA